GUGUGUUUCGUUGUUGGCGUUGACUCCGGUGCUGGUCCUGCUCGCGCAGCCUCCUCCCGUCGUCGCCAUGGUGCAGAUGAUGGAGUCGCAGUGCGAGUACUUCAUGUAUUUCCCGGCGGUGCCCAUCACGGACCUGUCGGACCCGGCCCGGUACCGCACGCUGCCCCGGCGCAGCCACCUCUACCUGGGGGAGACGGUCCGGUUCCUGCUGGUGCUGCGCUGCAGGGACGCCGGGGCGACGCCGACCGAGCACGGCCCCGCAGGGGGCGCCGAGGGCCCUGCCGCCGGCUUCGGGACGGAGUCGGCCAGCGGCCGGGCGUGGCGGGAGCUCGCCGGCUCCCUGUGCGCCGUGGCCAGCGUGAGUCCCGGUGAGAGCAGCCGCCACCGGGGCAACCACCAGCAGCAUCACCACGACUACCAGAGCAGCGGGGACGAGGCCAACGAGGACGGCGAGGAGGACUACAUCGCCGCGGCGGAGGCGGCCAUCGCGGCGCUCGGCAGCCGGGUCGACUCCCGGUGUCGCAGCUUCAGGGACUGCAAGCCGCUGCUCAUCCACAACUCAUCUGGGACGGCGGCCAGGGAGUUCCGCAGGGCACCUGUCCAGUCUCCUCUGGACGAGCCGGUGGUUUUGACGGAUGAGGUCAUCUUCCCCCUCACGGUGUCUCUGGACAAACUCCCCGUCAGCACCCUGAAGGUCAAG